GAUAAAAUAAUAAAUGACUUGCGAUAGAGGAGGGAUUGGCAACUGGGGUUGUCUGGAACCCCAAAGUGUUGAACACUCGUGAACUAAGCCAUGUAUAGUCUUUUUGCAUGUAUAGUCACUGCUACUAAUAAGAAGGCUCCUCAUAACCUUAAAAUUAUGUGGAAUUCAAUGUAUAAUGAACUUGAUGAAUCACGCAUUAGAAGUUACGCCGAAAUACUAGAACAAAAGCAGGAUGACGAAAACCACCCAACUGCAACUUCUCUCAAACAGAAUCGAGUGGAAAAUGAUGUACUUAAAUUGUAUAAGUUAAAUAAUGAGCCAAUUUUGACAAGACAAAAGCACAUUGGGCUAUUAAAAAAAUCUUUGACCCAUCUUAAUGAAGCAUAUGAGUGUUUAGAUUGCAGUAGACCAUGGUUAUGUUAUUGGAUUUUACAUUCUCUUCAAAUUUUGGGAGAACGUUUAGAUCAUGAUGAAUCUUCAAAAAUUAUUGGCUUCUUAGCCAAGUGUCAAUCAACAGAAGGAGGUUUUGGAGGAGGUCCAGGACAACAUCCUCAUUUGGCUCCUACAUAUGCAGCAAUAAAUGCAUUAUGCAUCAUUGGUACCCCUUCAGCUUACCAAGUAAUUGACAGAAAGGGACUUAAACGAUUUUUAUCAUCUUUACGUGGAGAAGAUGGUUCUUUUAGCAUGCACGCGGAUGGAGAAGUAGACAUAAGGGGAGUAUAUUGUGCACUUGCUGUAGCAAAAUUAAUAAAUGUAUAUACUCCUGAAAUAUUCAAAGGAACUGAAAAUUGGAUAGCUAAGUGUCAGACUUGGGAAGGUGGUUUUGGGGGUUGUCCUGGUAUGGAAGCCCAUGGAGGAUACGCAUUCUGUGCAUUAGCAGCACUUGUACUUCUUGGAAAAACUCACUUCUGUUCUUUAAAAUCAUUAUUGAGAUGGAUAGUGAAUAAACAAAUGCGUCUAGAAGGUGGAUUUCAAGGACGUACUAAUAAAUUAGUGGAUGGUUGCUAUUCAUUUUGGCAGGGUGGAGCUUUCCCACUAAUUCAUGCAAUUUUAGCAAAAGAAGAAAAAACAUUUAAUUCUGAUUAUUGGUUAUUCAAUCAAGAGGCCUUACAAGAGUAUUUAUUAAUUUGCUGUCAACAUCCCCAUGGAGGUCUUUUGGAUAAACCUGAAAAAAUUCGAGAUAUAUAUCAUACUUGUUAUGCGCUUAGUGGAUUGUCAGUUGCACAAAACUCUCCAAGGCAAGUGAUCAUUGGAUCGCCUAAUUUAAAUUUAGUGGAAAUAAUUCAUCCUGUUUACAAUCUAGUGCUUUCUUCUGCAGUCAAUGCAUUAAAAUACUUUAAUACACUACCGAUACCUGACUGAGUCUAUAUUUGAUGUUCAGAGUGCAUUGAUAAAAUGAAUGUUUUUACUUUAAUUUAAGAGAAAGUUUAGAAACAGAUUCUAUCUCACCUAAUAUUAAAGUUGACCAACAGAGUGUAAAUAAAGUUAUUUAUUAACGAAA